AAGCAGCAAAUGACAUGGCUGCAGGCAGGCUGAGGUUUCCUGUUUCAGCUCCACACCACAUUUAUAGAGGUCAUCAUUCUGUACCUAUCUCCUGCCUGGCCACAUCAACUGGUCAUCAGGACAGUGGCAGAAGAUGCUGCUUCUCCUUCUGAUCUCAAGUGCUUUUGUCCUGCCCUGGGCUGGGGCUGGAAGGAUCAUUGGUGGGAAGGAAGUUGUGCCCCACUCCAGACCCUACAUGGCUUAUUUAAAAAUAAAAGUUAAAGAUCAGUCUGGCUCAAAGCCUUCUUCCUGUGGAGGGUUCCUGAUUCGCCCAGAUGCAGUGCUCUCAGCAGCUCACUGUGUGCCUAAAAAAGGAUUGAAAGUCACUGUGAUUCUGGGAGCCCACAACAUAAAUGUCCAAGAAUGGAGCCAGCAGAGGAUCCAUGUUACAGACUGGGUCAUUCAUCCCAACUAUUCUUCUGCUAGUUUACAAAAUGACAUUGCGCUGCUGAAGCUGAGGUCAAGGGCCAGGAUCAAUGAGAAUGUGACAUUUAUUUCCAUACCCAGGAGUAAUGAACAUGUGAGAGUAGGAACUAGAUGUAGGGUGGCUGGCUGGGGGGAUACAUCUGUGUACGGGAGCACAACUGAUGUGAUGAUGGAGGUGGAUCUGAAGGUGCAAAAUGAGACACUAUGUCAGCAGGAAUUCCAUGACUACCUGCGUCGGUCCAUGAUCUGUGUUGGUGAUCAGAACAGUGGAAAGUCAACUUACGAAGGUGAUUCUGGUGGCCCAUUAGUCUGCAAUAAGAAGGCUCAUGGCAUUGUUUCUUAUGGACCUUCAGGCCGCCUCCUACCUUUGGUAUUUACCAGAGUCUCCUAUUUUGUGCCCUGGAUACGUCAGCAGCUGAGGAGGUUUGCACUCCAAGAGCUGCCUGCCUCUCCAUCCUCCCAAUAAAAUGCUCAGUGCCCCUUCUCCACAGUGCAUCAAACACCUGCUGGUGCUCAGAAGCUCCCAGGGGCAGCUGAGCUGGGCUCAGAGAAGCCCCCGUGGUGCAGGCACAGGCUUUUGCAGCAAGGAGAGUCUCCGUGGCAAAGUGAAAAUGCAGCUCCCAAGUCCACACAGCUUCCCAUUGUUCCC